ACCUGUUUGUUUAAAAAAAAUUUAUGUAACUGCCUGACUGCACUCACCAAGUCCUGAUUAAGCCUCUUUAUUUUCACAAGCUGUUCUGAAGUUUUUGACUUCUGUGUAUUUAAGCUGGAUUAACGGCUGUUGGCUUUAUAUGUAGGGCUGAAGAGCUUUGGACAGUAUGGUGAGGUGGUUCCAUCCUAAUAUAACUGGGAUUGAAGCGGAGCAGCUCUUGUUGAAUAGAGGAGUUCACGGGAGUUUCCUAGCUCGACCCAGCAAAAGCAACCCUGGGGACUUCACUUUAUCAAUUAGGCGAAAUGUGGAAGUGACACAUAUAAAGAUUCAGAACUCAGGAGACUAUUAUGAUCUUUAUGGAGGAGAAAAGUUUGCAACGUUGGCAGAAUUAGUUCAGCAUUACACAGAGCAAGAAGGUCUUCUACGAGAGAAGAAUGGAGAUGUGAUUGAACUGAAGUAUCCCCUGAACUGCCAGGAUCCAACAUCUGAAAGGUGGUAUCAUGGACAUCUAUCAGGUAAAGAUGCAGAAAAACUUCUGACUGAUAAAGGAAAACCUGGAAGUUUCCUAGUGCGUGAAAGUCUCAGUAAACCAGGGGAUUUUGUUCUAUCAGUGUUAACCAAUGAAGAAAAAGUUGAAAAUGGAGAUCGCAAACCAAGAGUAACACACGUGAUGAUUGGGUACCAGGCUGGAAAGUACGAUGUUGGUGGAGGUGAAAGAUUUGACACACUUACUGACCUAGUGGAACACUACAAAAAAAACCCAAUGGUAGAAGUUUCGGGAAUUGUUGUUCACCUUAAACAGCCAUUUAAUGCCACAAGAAUAAAUGCUGCAAACAUAGAGAAUCGGGUGAAGGAGCUCAAUAAAACAGCAGAUAAUACAGAAAAGGCCAAACAAGGUUUUUGGGAAGAGUUUGAGCUUCUUCAGCAACAAGAAUAUAAGCUGUUGUAUAGCAGGAAGGAGGGCCAGAGAAUAGAAAACAAAAGCAAAAACAGAUACAAAAAUAUUUUACCAUUUGAUAAUACCAGAGUUAGGCUGAAGGAAGUUGAUGAAAGUGUUGUGGGAUCUGAUUAUAUCAAUGCCAAUAAUAUCACAAAUGGAAAACAUGGAGAUGACUGCAAAAACUACAUUGCAACACAAGGCUGCCUUCAGAAUACCAUCCAUGACUUUUGGAAAAUGAUUUAUCAGGAAAAUGCCCACGUCAUUGUCAUGACAACCAAAGAAAUAGAAAGAGGAAAGAAUAAAUGUGUUCGCUACUGGCCAGAUUUACAAACGUCAAAAGAGUAUGGCAUGAUUUCUGUGCGGAAUCUGGAAGAACGCAUGGCACAAGAUUAUAUUGUUCGAGACCUGGAGGUCACACGAAUAGACCGGAGUGGACUGCCUCGGCAUAUAUGGCACUAUCAGUACCUCAGCUGGCCUGACCAUGGGGUUCCCAAUGAACCAGGAGGAGUAUUGAGUUUCCUGGACCAAGUAAACAGAGCGCAGCAAAGUAUUCCAGAUACUGGCCCUAUUAUAGUGCACUGCAGUGCUGGAAUUGGGAGAACUGGAACCAUAAUCGUCAUAGAUAUGUUAAUAUCUGACAUCAGUAGACAAGGUUUGGACUGUGAUAUAGAUAUCCCAAAAACUAUUCAAAUAGUACGAAAACAAAGAUCAGGAAUGGUACAAACUGAGGCUCAAUAUAAGUUCAUAUACAUGGCUGUGCAACAGUAUAUUGAAACAGUACAGAGAAGACUACUGGAAGAACAGAGAAACAAAACUAAGGACCGGGAGUAUUCAAAUAUCCGAUAUCUUCCUAUGGAGGUUAAGACCAAAAGACACACUGGCACGUCUCGAGAUCCUUCAUUGUUGAAAGAAGAAUCCUGUCUUUAUGAAAAUUUAAACAUCAAAUCUUCCAAAGCUUCAGGAGGCAGCAACACAAAAAGAUAAAAGCAUCGAGUGGAGUGGCUAAUUACUCCUGUUUACAUAAAGCUUCAGCCUGCAUCUGCAUUGAAAAUUGUUCUGCCCUUGCUUGUCUCUGGAUCCAUGUGCUGUGCACUUCUAUGAACCAAAUGCCUGAAGAAAACUGCCUUCUAGAAACUGUUUAAUUUAUUAAGUCAGCAAAGUAUUUUUUUUUAACUAUCCUGCUUUUUGUCAGCGCAUAUGUAGAAAUGUACUUUUAAGUGCCUCUCUUUGGAACUGAUAAAUGGAUGAGUUUAAUUUUCCUCUGUUUAAAAAUCUAAUGAUUAUCCAUGCAAUGCCUUCAGGGGAAAAAAAGAGAAAUGUUUGACUUAGAAAAAUAUAAGCUCAUUUUUUCGUGUUAUAUUCUCCCUGUUUUUAUAAAAAUGAUAAAUUAUUAAAAUUUUGCAAAUGUAUUUUAAUAUGAAUGUUACAAACAGCUGCAGUGCUGCUUGAGGUGUUCUGGUGGUACACUGCAGACUGCAGCAACCGUGUUAGUAGUGGAUUCUGUAAACUUAGCAACAGUACCUCAAGCAGGAAUAAAGUGGCACUGCAACUUUGACAUGCAGUGGAGGAAUUCAAAGCCAUUAGCUGAGAAACUGAAAGGCAUUUGCUGUGGGCCAGUGAACAUUUUGUGUACAACAGGAUAGACCUUGCACAGUGAAAUGGCUUUCCUUCACAGCAGAGCAUACAGAGGAAACCAGGUAGGUACAGGACUGGGGCCGGAUGUGGUGUGUUGCAGAGCAAGUCCCAAAGAUAGAGGUAGGGGUCAGUGGUCAGAAGGGGAAAUGGGCAAAUUAGUAGGAAGAUAGUUCGGUGCCAGUCAGUAAGCAGAGAACCAGGAUCAGUAAAGGGGUCAGGGUAGCAGGGGGGGUUGGCUGGGGUGUUUAUGGGGUGUCGGGUGGCCUCAGGGAGAGGUGAUCAGUGCUCGGUCAGUUUAUUGUAGGGCAUUGGAUGGUGUGGCAGUAAGGACAGGAUUAAUUUGGAGACGCAGAGACUGCAGAUGCUGGAAUCUGGAGCAACAUUAAACUGCUGGAAGAACUCAGUGGGUCGAGCACAUCUGCAGGGGGGUAAGGAAUUCUCAGGAUCCUGAUGGAGAGCCUCAACCCAAAACAUUGACAAAACGCCCCCCCGUCCCCCCACCCCCACGGAUGCUGUUGAACUUACUGAGUUCCUCCAGCAGUUUUUUCUUUGCUCAGGAUUAACCUGGAUCAGGCAUUUGGUGGGUGGGGAAAGGUCGCACUGUGUUGGCUCAGCAAAUCGGUGGGGUGUGGAGAUUUGGACUCACGAGCUUGGGGAUGGGAAUGGUGGUCACAACCAAAGCAAACAUCUGGGUCCUGCUGUUAAAAACCAGAUCAGAACAUUACUUAACGGAGACCAAGCUGAAACAGGUUCCCAGAAGAUUGACAACUUCUCAGGUAGCUCCUAUUUAAAUCAUGAAAACAGAAAAUGCUGCAAACACUCAGCAUCUGUGGAAAGAGAAACAUGGUUAAUGUUUCAUGUCAGAAACCCUUUGACAGAACUGGGAAGGAGAGAAAAUAAAUUUGUACUAAGUUGUGGGGAGGGUGGAUGUGACAAAGGUAUAUCGCUGUUAGGGUGAGGCCAGGAUUACCCUAGGAAUAAGUUGUAAAGAAGCAAUCUGAUUGGUGGGUGAAGGGGGCAGUUAGGGAGAGAGAACACGGUCUUUUGUUCAUAAAAGUCAUGGUGUGGGCAGUGAGAGAGUGAAGCAUAGACAACAUCCUGCAGCCCUGCGUUUGGCAACUUUUGCAUUUGUUUAUCUGCAUUCUCAAUCUCUGCCCUCAUUUCACAGCCUUUAUAAACAAAGGACUGUGUACUCUCUCCCUAACUGCCCUCACGAACCCAUUGACCAAAAGAUCUUAUUUAGAGCUUAUCCUUGUGGCAAUCCUGGCCUCACCGUAUCAGAGAUAUGCCCUUUGUCCUAUCCGUUCCUUCCCCACUCUCACUGCAACUUAAUACUAACAAUUUCUCUCCUUUCCAGUUGAAGGAUCUUUGAUUUUAAAAGUUAUUUGUAUAGUAUUUGCAUGGCAAUCAAAUUAUUGCAGUAAUUUUGUUAAAUCAAAACUGCAGAAGCUUUGACUUUUAUUCUGCUGGGAUUUGCCCAAGUGUAAUUGUGCACAUUUCAGGUACAUUUAGUAUUUUGCAGGAACAGCACUUCCUGUGAUUAAAAUUAGUUUAUGCAACCACUAUAGCCAAAUUAAUGAGGGUUUGCUCAUGUAUAUUUUCUACAAAUUUAAGAGUCUGUUGAUCAUGACGUUCUGCGUUCAGUGCUGAAUAAUGACUAUUUAACAAAAGAUUAUCUAGUAACAGUGGUGAGUUAACUAAAAUUGUUUGAAAUGUUUGCAGUGUUGGGAUAGGGUAGAUAAGAGUCUUUUUCCCAGGGUGGAAAUGUUAAAUACUAGAGGGCAGAGCUUUAAGGUGAGAAGGAAAAAGUUUAAAGGAGAUUGACGAGGCAAUUUUUUUUACACAGAGUGGUAGGUACCUAGAAUGCGCUGCCAGAGAUGGUGAUGGAAGCAGAUACAAUAGCAAUGUUUAAGAGGCAUUUAGACAGGCACGUGAACAUGCAGGGAAUGGAGGGAUAUGGAUCACGUGCAGCUUAAUUAGCAUCAUGAUUGGCACAGACACCAUGGGUCGAUAGGCCGGUUCCUAUGCUGUACUGUUUUAUUUUUGUUUCGUUACAAUCGUCUCAAAAAGUAAAUUAAAAAUGUGGCAUGUUGCAGAAUAUCCCAAAACCGUAACUCAAUCAUUUUGAGCUUUUUUCUCCAUGUCAGAAUUUAUAAAAGUAGUUAACUGAAAUACAGUGUGCUUGGAAAAGUAGUGAAAAAGCAAAGAGCUAUGUUAUCAGUGGAUUGAUCUGAUAAUUUGUUCCUCACUGUUUGCAGCUGAUUGUUGCAUGUGUCCAGUCAGUCCAGGUGUUAACCACAUGCAACUACAGGUUUGUUAUUUGAAGUAAACUGUAUUUUGUACAUGAUUUUUAAUUAUAAUGGAGACUAUUAUGAAAGCAGAAAGAAUCUUCAGAAAUUAUUGUGUCACAUGAGCAGAACUUCUGGUGAUUGGGUAAAGAUUUUCAACCUCUUUCAAAGAGAGACAUUAAAAUUUCUCAGUAGCAAAUAAAAUCUCAGUAACAUGCUAUAGACCAAGUUACUGUAAACCCUGUAUCUUUCCUCUUUAAACUUUAGUAAUCCUGCCGAAACAAUAUGUGUUUGAAAGAUGAAGUUUGACUGAAAGCCUGCGUUUUUGUAUCAGUUAUACUAAUACUUUUCGUAACUCUCAUUUCCUCAGCUGAUGCUCUCGUAAUACUGUGAUCAAUAUAGUGGUCAGGAUAACCUGUCCAUUCCUCUGUCUAUAGUACUAUUGGUUUUAUUUUUACAUAUGUGUUCUGCUUGCGGUUUAGGGUCCAUUGAACUGCAGAAUAAACAUUUCUCUUUUUUCACCAA